AUGUCUUCUUCAUCUGUUUGGGUUCAGCUCUACUACAAUAAGGGAAAGGAUGAACCGGAGGGCCGACCCACUUCAGUCAAAAAACCAAAUGAUCCUUUGAUCGUGGUGGCACCCGCUCAGAAGCAGCAGCAAAGAUUGGAGUUCUGCCGCACAUGGAGUAGUGAGGGCAAUCAUCUACCCUACAACCUGCUGGCGAAGUCUUAUGAUGAUCUGCAGCGACAGAUUCAGGGGGACAGUGACCUUGAAGAGUUCAUACAAAUUUCUAAUACGCCAGCGGUACUGGCUUGGGAACGAGGUUCUGAUGGUUCCCCAACAGGAUUCCCUGGUGAGAUUGCUGCACCUUUCUCUGGAUCCAAUGUCUCCUCCAUAUCCACCUCCACUCUAGGGCAUAUCCAAAAGGUUUUCCAAGCAGCAUUGCUUGUUAGGGACAAGAGAAAGUGUGUUGUGUCUGGAACACAAUACAGAGAAGGAAGUGGCAAUGUACAGGCCGCGCACAUCAUUCCCGUGGCAGCAAAAAAACGUGUUUUGGAGCAGGCUAAGAUAUGCAGCAUCUACGAUACUUGUAAUGGUAUGCUCCUUGAGUCGACGCUGCACAAGGCCUUUGAUUCCUAUCUUUGGUGUCUGAAUGAGAAUGGCGUUUUUUGUGUGUCUGAUGCUGAGAGGCAUCAAAAGAAGAUAAAGGAAUAUGGCAUUGCAAAAUACCGUUCGAACGUAUUGGACCUUUCUGGAGACAACUUUCCUACCAAAGCCACACUCAGAGCUCGACAUGCCCUUUUUCAGUCCAAGGUUGAUAAGGCGAAGAAUCAGGGGAACAAGAAAUCCUAG